CUUCCUGUUCUCGCCGCUAUUGCGUAGCAGCCCUACAUUUGCUUUAACGAAGACAUGCGGAUGUUGCAACUGCCGCACAAAAAAGUAAGUACGUGCAUUUGAUAGCCAAGGUGCAUCGUAUCUAUCAGCAUAAAAUAGUGAACUACAGGUGGAGAGAGUGAGACAAGAGAAGCUUUUUCAGGACGAGACGCUUGUGAAAAGCGAGUGAUGUCUGUUAAAACUAGCCCACAAAUACGGAACAGAAUAGGAAAACAAUUUUUCAAGCGUUUAGUUUCUUAUAACUCGCGCUGGCACUCGCAGCUCCCCCACCUGAAAGGAUAUCAAGGAAUGUGUUGCUCCUACUUGUUCUCACGUACCCAACUGCAACUACUAGAACCUUAACCUCGCUACAACACCCCCACCACGCCUUUUUCGAUUAAAAGAUGCCUGUCCCUGGUUCGCCAGAUCUGAGCCCCACCCCGCGGCCCGCAUCCGCAGCACAACCUGUCACCUUGCGCCGCAGGACGAGUAGCAUCCUGGCCGCGCACUUUCGCCUGCGCCCUUCCGAAAAGGUUUGCUGCAUGUCAAUCCAGCAGGCGGCGAGAACAAUCUGCCUCUACUUCUGCCUCAAUGGGUUUUUGACGCUCUUAACGCUGAUAACGGUCGGGCCGCCGAGCAGAAUGGUGUAUCACGCAAACAAAGACCUUUAUCCAAAGGGAGAUAGCACUUUGACGAAAGUAGAACAGGGAAGGAUACGGAACAAGAAUGAUCCUGAUAAUGUUAGCCCGUUCUCCAAUACCGACCAGCAGGAGCAACUUCAGUCCGAACUUCAUAGCAUCUCCGCAACGCAACCUCACGGCAACCUGAGAGGAUCUGCUGCUAGUACAAAGAACUCGGCGCUUGGGACCGCGAUAAGAGGUAGCGGCGCUAACAACGCGCCCAAUACCGCAGGAGCCUCCGAUCUUCCCGAUGAGAACCACACGUCCGGCGGGCGCUGGGUGCAUUUGAGCACCGUGACCACUUUUCUGCAGCAGCUGGACCUUCUGUUUCGCGGGAUGUCGCUGUGGAUCGGGGUUCGCGGGUACACCGGGUUCACCCUCCGGUUUCUGCCGAACAUGCAAGUGUGCAUCUGGUUCGCGAUGACCUACUGUCUCCUCCCCCUGCUGCGCUACGCCCGCGCGUUUGUGAUCUGCGACGAGACGCCCGAAAUCGAGUGCAAGACGCUGCGGGGCUUGUUCUUCGCGGUCACGACCAUCGAGCUCGGCUUCCACGCCUUUUUGGUGUACGUUCUCUGGUCGGCAAAGGAGAUCGCGAUACUGCAGGGCGCCCCGGAAUUCCACCUGGAGGGCGAACAAGCCCGGGCGGCGGUCGGGAUGCAGACGCUGCUGGCCGCGCGGGGAAGCAGCAAUUUGUUCGCGCCCGUCGCGACCACGGCGGGGAACAGCAGUGAGGGCAGCAGUGGAGCGAACAACGCCAAUAGUUCAACAUCUCCGGGGACGAAUAAUCGCCCGGUGCCGGCGAGUUUUGAACCCUUCGCAGGACAGGGAUAUCGGCUGGAAUGAGGUAUGGCUGAAAAGAAAUCAUCAUACAGGACGAAAGAAACCAGGUUUUGAAGUUUUUUUGCUCCCCGCCACAUAUUUCUGGUUAUAAGAGUAAAUAUGUUUGUGCUGCGAGUGCGAUAGGUACUUAGGUGUCGUCCAGGAUCCCAUUCAGUAUUCUUCUGUUAGUUCUUUCUCAGUUUCACCCCCCUUUGAAUUGCUUGAAAAAGUCGACUCUUUGAACGAGCUGAUAUCAACCGGAAUUCGCAUGCUUACUUAUGUUUGGCGCUCGCAGUUUUCAUCUCGGAAAGCGAGAAUGAGAUGUCGCAGAAGUGCCACAUAGAAUUACUUGACACUCUACCCUGCUUUUUCUGUUCUUGGCAUUGACUACAGAGAAGUCAAAGUUGCUCAUAUAGGAGCACCCACCAUUUACAUGUUCGCUGUAGUAGGAGCGAUGCGGAACAUUUUCCAAAAUUAAUUAUACGUCUGCUUUUCCAAGUCAGAUGAAAAAAUGAAAAUCGCACACCGGCCAGCCAUUUCCGAAAGGG